UCACUCCUAGUUUGAUCAAGCAUCAGCAUGAAGGUAUUCGUUGUUUUGGUUCUGGCCCUGGCCUCCGCCUCCGCUUCGCUCCUGCCCCAGUCCGGCAUUGAGCAUCCUCGUGACAGGACCGCCCUGCCCUCCAUCGAAGGACGCAUCACCAACGGCAAGGACGCCGUGGCCGACCAGUUCCCCUACCAGGUGGGACUCAGCUUCUCCAGCUCCAAGGGCAGCUGGUGGUGCGGUGGCUCCAUCAUUUCCAACAGCUGGGUGGUGACUGCUGCUCACUGCACAGAUGGUGGCUCGUCCGUGACCGUCUACUUCGGAGCGACCGUCCGCACCAGCCCCAAGUUCACCCACACCAUCGCCAGCUCCGAGUGGAUCCAGCACGAGAGAUACUUGUCCCUGACCGUCCGCAACGACAUCUCCCUGAUCAAGACCCCCACCGUGACCUUCUCGUCCGCCGUCAACAAGAUCGCCCUGCCCGCCAUCGCCGGCAGCUACUCCACCUACUCCGGACAGACCGCCGUUGCCUCCGGAUGGGGCCUGACCUCCGACUCCGCCUCCGCCGUUUCCUCGAAGCUGCAGUACGUCGACCUCACCGUCAUCGACAACGCCGUGUGCCAGAAGACCUUCGGCAGCCUGAUCGUGACCAAGAACGUCAUCUGCGUGGAGACCCCCAACGCCUCCUCCACCUGCCAGGGUGACUCCGGCGGCCCAUUGGCUUUGGCUGGCACCCUCAUCGGAAUCACCUCCUUCGGAUCCGCCGGCGGCUGCGAGAUCGGCGCCCCUGCCGCCUUCACCCGUGUGACCAGCUACCUGGACUGGAUCAAGACCAACUCCGGUGUCUAAGCUUUGGGAAAUGAAAAAAAAAACUGCAAACUUUGAAAAAAUAUAAAAUAUUAUAAAAAAAUG